AUGUUCAUGGAUGAGGCGAACCAGAAGGCUAGAUGGGAUGCCAGCUUUCUUGAGGAUCUCAGUGAGCAAGAAAUACUAAUGAGCACCUACCUGGAACUUACUCUCUCCUCCUCGGUCCAUGGCCUAUCAGGUGGAUUCGACAUAUCCCAUGGAAGCGAACGAGGUGAAGGAAUUGAGACCGUGAAAAAAGGAUAG